AUGACCAACCACACGAUGGACACAGAUUUCUUCCUCAUGGAAUUCACCGACAGCAAGCAGCUGCAGGUGUUACAGGGCUUUCUGUUUCUGCUAAUUUACUUGGAGUUCCUCACGGGGAACCUAAUCAUCAUCAUGCUUGUCACUGUGGACCAUUGUCUUCACACCCCCAUGUACUUCUUCCUAAAGAACUUGUCUGUCUUCGAUGUGUGCCUCAUUUCAGUCACAGUCCCAAAGCUCAUUCUCAACUCUUUGUCCCACAGGAGCACUAUCUCUUUCCUAGGAUGUGUGUGUCAGGUCUUGUUUGUGCUUUCCUUUGGCACAUCUGAGCUUUUCCUCCUCACAGUCAUGUCCUAUGACCGCUAUGUGGCCAUCUGUUGCCCACUGCACUAUGAUGCCAUCAUGAACAGGGCAGUCUGUGUGGAGACAGUAGCUGCUUCAUGGCUAGUUGGAAGUCUCUUUGGUGUCUUAUAUUCAUAUGGCACAUUUUCUUUAUCUUUUUGUGAUACCAGAAUAGUGCCACAGUUCUUCUGUGAUGUCCCCUCUCUACUGAAGAUUUCUUGCUCAAAUAUGCAUGCCACUGUUGACUUUAGUCUCAUCUUAGGAAUCAUAUAUGGGUUUUUCUGCUUAGUGUCCAUAGUGUUUUCAUAUGUUUACAUUUUCAACACAGUUCUGAGAAUGCCCUUGUCACAAGGCAGGUCAAAAGUCUUCUCUACCUGCAUGCCCCAUCUCAUAGUCAUCACCACAUUUUUAGUCACUGCUGUCACUGCCUAUUUGAAACCAGUCCCUGAUUCCCCACAGCUUUUGGACUUUUUGAUAUCUGUUUUCUAUUCUGUGAUGCCUCCAUCUAUGAAUCCUAUAAUAUACAGCCUGAGGAAUAAGGAAAUCAAAGCUGCUUUUUGGAACUUUUUAUGGAAACUAGAUCAUUAUGAGUUUUACAGGGGGAAUAAUCAUAGCAUGUAG